CAAUCCAAUUCCCUCUCUCUAAAAAUGGCUGGCAAGCAUACCUACCACCGACCCGAACAUCACCACGACCACUGCCGCUGCAGCUGUGGCGGGGGCCGCUUCAUCACCUUUCUCAAGAUCCUCAUCGCCAUAAUCAUCGUCGUUGGUCUCGCCGUAUUGAUCUUAUGGCUCAUAUUCCGUCCCAACAAAGUCAAAUUCAACGUCACCGACGCUAAACUCACCCAAUUCAACCUCAUCGACAACCAGCUCCAUUACAACUUUGCCCUCAACAUCACAGUCAGAAACCCCAACAAGCGGAUCGGGGUGUACUACGAUACCAUAGAAUCCUCCGCCAUUUACAAAGACCAGCGCUUACAGACCCAGUGGCUACCGCCGUUUUACCAAGGCUACAAAACCACGGCCGUCAUCAGCUGUGUUUUCUCUGGGCAGCAGCUCCUCCUCCUCGCCGGCCAGGGGUUGACGGAGUUCAACGCCGAGAGAGUUGUGGGCGUGUACGAGAUGAACAUGGAGCUUAAUCUUCGGAUCAGGUUGAAGUUUGGUGCCGUUAGGGUGGGGAAGUUUAAGCCUAAGGUGAAUUGUGAGUUUAAAGUUCCGUUGAGUUCCGAUGGAAGCUCAGUUGUUGGUUCGGUGUUUGAGUCCACCGGCUGUGAUAUUGAUUAUUGGUGAGUUAAUUCGUAUUUUUCUUGGUCGUAUUUCUUAGUCUUUUGUUGUGAAAUCAUAAAUUUAUUAUUAUUUUAUUUUAUUUGUUUUUUGUUGUUGUUGUUGUUGUUUGUAUUAUUUUAAUUUUUUAUUCUAAUUAAUUUUGGCGAUUGGCUA